AUGCGCACCACCUGCCUAAAAACCUUCCGUGCUUAUGAUGGCUGGCUGUUGAUGGUCUUAGAUGCGCAUGGUUCAUUCUGCGUCAUCUCUCCCUAUCAUACCCGUUUCUUUCGAGGUUUCCAUGUCGUCGCGGAACCAACUCAGAUUGUUUAUGAGGUGCACAUUAGUAUAGAAUGGGUUCCUGAUUCUUCACUUUGAUGAGUGGCUUAUAAAGUGCUUGUGUGCUACUUACACGCUAGCGCAUGGUCAACACAUGUCUGGCAUUAUCACAUUCCAUGAUUCUUCGUAUAACACCGGAGUCUGACCAAUGAGGCCAAUGACAUUCAAAAUCCAUAUGUAGCACGAAUACUUACAGUUCGCUAUAACUUAUUGUUCUUUAACAAAAAGAAGACUCUAACGUAGAAAUGAAGAGAAAGACUCAAGUCUGUGGAAACCUGGAAAACCGUAUAGAUUCAGGUAUUCAGACGGGAAUUAAUGAGUCCCAAUCUGAAGAACUCCAGAGAAGAAAGUUUGAAGACAAAAUGGAGGACGUUUGGUGCAAGCUGGACCUCUUAUGCUGGAGAUUUCCGAAUGAUCACAAACGAUGUAGAAAAUACGAGGAGCCAUCGCCUCGAUGGCCUAAUUUUGGGCAUCUCCUCGCUCAGUGGCGCGAUCUGGGAACAACCGUUGUGAACAUUUCAGACAUGGAUUUUGUUGCCUGUUCCGUUCUUCCUGUAUUCCAUCAAGAGAAGGUACAGUUGAAGUAUUAG